AUGGCUAGUUCUAACAAGAAACUUGAAGUGAGUUUUGAUGAUCAAAUUCCAAAUAAAUGGUGUGUUUCAUUAGGAGAAGAAACUUUCAAAAGAUUCUUUAGUAGCUUGAGUAGUAAUCCAACAGUUUACAAGGUUUUUGGCGACGGAUCGCUUUUUAGUCCAAUGUUGUUUGGAAAAUUCUUUGAUCCUUGUGAUGCAUUUCCUCUAUGGGAGUUUGAAUCAGAUGUUUUGUUAUCUCAUCUAAGAAGCUUCAACCAAAUCACUGUCGAUUGGCGUCAUACCGAUGAAGGGUAUGUGUUAAAAGCUGAAAUACCAGGAAGUGGAAAAAACAACAUUCAAGUCCAUGUUGAUAAAGGAAAGGUGAUGGAAAUUUGUGGACAAUGGAAACAUCAAAGAGACUCAAAGACAAACGAUUGGAAGUGCAGCCAUUGGUGGGAAAAUGGAUAUGUAAGAAGGCUUGAGAUCCCAGAGGAUGCAGAUUGGAAGAAUGUAGUAGCAUUCAUACACAAUGACAUAUUUUUAGAAAUUCAAAUACCAAAAAUCCAAAAGGUUACAUUUAAUUAA